AUGGCAUUCCAUUUCAGAGCCAAUAGUAAAGCCUCUGCUUCUCAAGAGGAAAAUAAUGUUAAAGAAACCGAUUAUUAUACAAUACAUCAAUCAAAGUUCUCCAACAAUAAAGGUAGCCAGAAGAUAGGAGAUGAUCAAGAUGAUAUUGUGUAUAAUACACUUUCUAAAGUUGCUAAUAUUAUUGGCAAUUCAAGCAGUAAAUAAAGCCAAGAGUAAUCAAAGAUCUAGAGGAGCUCAUAAUGGCUUCAACCAAGAAAUGUAUACCGAUCUAUUCAACCAUAAGAAAAAUGGCUCUUUAUGCUUAAACAACGCCAAAAGAAGCAGUUCAAGGAUCAGAAACGCCCAAUUACACACUCGACUCGCUCCCUCCAUAGAAGACGACUCAAACUGCUACUCCCCGUCCAUCACCCACCUAAAAUCCACUCCAGAGACCUUCCACAGACGCCAAAACCCUACUCUCCCUUCAAAAAUCCUCUCUAUCUCAAACCACCCCACAACCCACAAAAAAUACAGCAACAACCUAAAAAUCCGGAACAACAAAUCCUCUCUGACCAACACCUUCAUCAAAAAGAAGCUGAACAUCCUUUCCUCUGACCGGGCCCAGCCAGGUCAGAAUUCACGAACAAAAUCUAAGAAUUAUAGUACGUCGAUACUUUCUCUUGAGCCAAAGAUAAAUGUGGAUGCUGUGAAUGCGUUUAAAAUGAAGUAAUAAAGGGCUAAAUAGCCAAGUGACUAAACUUGUGAAGAAAGUAGAGGAAAUGAAAGCUGAGAGAGUUUUGAGGAUUAAGGAAGAACAGAAGCUGAAGAGAAGGAUUGAAGAUUUAGAGGCUCAAGUACAGAUAGAUGCAGGAUCGAGCAAGAAUAAGAGUGAUGUUAUCACUCAGAUGGGACAGGAGUUAAAAUUUUGGCAAGAAAAGUCUAAGAAGGAGUCUGAUUUGUUGAAAAAGAGGGCUGAAGCGGUUGAGGGGUUGACCAAGAAUGCUGAAAAUGAUAGAAAAUAAGAUUGCUAAGCUUAGAGAAGAAAAUAUUAAACUAAAAGAAAUGAAUAAAAGUAAUACCUCAAAAACAACUUUUGAGAUAACCAAACUAAGAGAAAACAUAUUAUAUUUCAUCGAAAAAAUCAAAAACCUUGAAGAUCAGAACAAACUCCUCCGCAAAGACCUUACCAUCACCAAACUCGAGCUAAGCACCCACCCUCCCAAUCCCCCUCCCCUCCACCCCCUUCCUACCCCCUCCUUCCCUCCUAAGGUACCCCAAAACCCCCUUAAUCCCCCUUAA